CUUACUUCCUUGCUUGCAAGACGGGAGAGACUUCUACUUCUACUCUAAAGUUAUUUAUUAAUAGUUCUACAGCGCGACGGCAACCGAUUAACAAAUGUUAAUCCUACCUUCCCAAUUGUAUAAUACUUCCCAAGAGCCAUAACGCAUCAGGCGCACCAGUCAAGAAAAAAAAUAUAAAAAAAUGGCACACCCGCAACAUCUCGCGAGCUCGUCGCCCGCACGAGCUCUGCACCGAGUUCUCGUCUCGAACCUCCCGCCGCGCACACGCACCUCUAUAUACCUCCUUCCCCCGCGGCUCUUCUCAUCCUCUUUCUCCUCAAGCCGGCGUCUCCUCCCGAACAGCAAAUCCACAACAACAACAUCUCUCUCUUUUAUAUCACCACCACCGCCGCCGCCGCAUUCCCGCGCUCUCUCCACCACCCCUCCCCUCCGGCGCAUCGACCCCCUGCAGAAAUACCCGAGCAACGAGCGCAUCCCCUACGAGUACGUGCGGAUCCCGGGCCCGCCGCCCGAGAGCUCGCUCGGCCCGGCGCAGCCCCUGCACGCGGUCCUGCGCACGCUGGACCUCAAGACGCAGGCGCUGGUGAUGGUAGCGCCGCCGCCGCCGACCGCCGAGCCGGGCUCGCUCGACGCCGAGGCCGCCAUCUGCCGGGUGGUGGACAAGGCGGCGCUCAAGGCGGCGGCGAUCGAGGCGGCGCAGCGCGCGCGCCGCAAGGCCGUCGACACCAAGGAGCUCGAGGUGUCGUGGGGCAUCUCGGCGCACGACCUGGGGCAUAAGCUGCGGCGGCUGCGGGGCUUCCUGGACCAGGGGCUCGCGGUGGAGGUGAUCCUCGCGCGGAAGCGGGGCGGGAAGCCGGUGUCGGUCGAGGCCGCCGAGGCCGUGCUGGAGGCCGUGAAGGGCGCGAUGGCCGAGGUCGAGGGCGCCAAGGAGACGCGCCGCAUGGACGGGCGAGUCGGCGGCAUCGUGAGGUUGUUCUGGGAGGGGCCCGGCGAGAAUAAGAAGGCGAAGAAGAAGAAUAAGUGGGGGGAUAAGGAGGCGGAGGCGGAGAUGGAGGAGAAGGAGAAGGAGAAGGAGAGUGACGACCGCUGGUAGCGUGUGGGGGUGAGAUGAGGGGAGGGGAGAUAGAAAAACAUCUUCAACCUCUUUUAUCUACACAAUACCUUGGCCGGGUAUUAGACGUUAGAAUAAGCUACUCCAUGUAGCUUGGCAGAUGAUACCUGGGGGCCGUCUAGCACGCCAGCCGAGAUGUGAAUCCCUAGAGCGGUUCUUUUAGAUGCAUAAAUGUAGAUAUUAGUAUAAAAAGCCGGCCCUAAAAAUGGCCAUGAAGAUUAAAAUAGAACAACAUACAUACCUCUUACAUAUUCUACCUAUAGC